GUCAUCCCCGCCGAGGAUCGAGGAUGCGUGAAUUGUAUGGUAGUCAUGUGUCAUCUAGUCUGGCAGGCGGUCAGCUGACAGAUCCGAGUCGCUUGUUAUGUUUACUUUCUUUGUUUAGUGCGUUAACCUACGUUUUUUUUGAAUGAAUGCAGCGGUAUGCUUCACCAAGGAGAACCAUGGUAGUCGUCAACUCGGUGCUCAAGCUGUUACAGAGGCAGACGUACACAUGUCUGUCCCACAGAUACGGGCUCUACCUGUGCUUUGGGGGGCUCGUCCUCAUGAUAGUUUCCGCCUUUCAGUUUGGAGAGGUGUUGGUGGAGUGGAGUCGGGACCAGUAUCAUGUGCUCUUUGAUUCAUACAGAGACAAUGUGGGUGGGAAAUCAUUCCAAAGCAGGCUCUGUCUGCCCAUGCCUAUUGAUGUGGUGUACACAUGGGUGAACGGUACAGAUAUGGCUCUGCUGAAGGAACUGAAGACGGUCAAAGAGCAACUUGAGGAGGAACAAAGGGCUCUAAGGGAACGCCUGGGGAAAAAUGCAAGUGAGACAACUGAAGUGCCAAAAGACAGUGUUAAGCCAGAAUGCCUGCUGUCCCACUGCAUCAUAGCGCCCAUGCUGGCCCUGGAUCCCGCUCUGCCAGUCAACAUUACACUCAAAGAGCUGCCGACGCUCUCUCCGUCCUUUUCUGCUGCCAAAGAGCUGCUGAUGAUGAACAAACCCUUCCACCCGUCCACCACCGCCUCUGUGGUUGUCUUUCAUUCGCAGGCUGAUGCUGAUAAAGCCUAUACAGAUGUGUCUAAGGAAGACCAGAAAUUCUCUGUGUUCAGAUGUUACUUGACGACCGAUAAAGAGGCUCCGGGCCUGAUACGCAUGCAGUCCCUGGCUUAUCUGAGCGGCUUCCCAGCAUCUUUUAAGGAAACGGAGCAGCUGAGAGUCAAACUGCCCUCUGUCAUAACCAAUAAGAUCAAACAGUUUGAGUUGUACUCUGAGGCUAGCAUCGCCCUGCUCCACCUGAAAACCCCGCAGGAUUUUACCGAUCUGACCCAGCAGGCUAAAAAGAACCUCACCCUGGAUGGAAAGGAGUUAACCAUCAGCCCUGGCUACUUGUUCUGGGACCUCACCGCCAUCUCACAGUCCAAACAGGACGAAGAUGUUUCCGCCAGCCGAUUCGAGGAUAAUGAGGAGCUCCGCUAUUCGCUGCGCUCUGUGGAGAGACACGCCCCCUGGGUGCGACACAUCUUCAUUGUCACUAACGGGCAGAUUCCCUCCUGGCUCAACUUGGAUAACCCCAGAGUUACAGUUGUCACACACCAGGAUAUCUUCCAGAACCACAGCCACCUUCCCACUUUCAGCUCCCCUGCCAUAGAGACCCACAUCCACCGCAUCCCAGGGCUCUCCCAAAAGUUCAUUUACCUCAACGACGACGUGAUGUUUGGCAAAGAAGUCUGGCCGGAUGACUUCUACAGCCACUCUAAAGGACAGAAGGUGUAUCUCACCUGGCCUGUCCCCAACUGUGCGGAGGGCUGCCCAGGAUCUUGGAUCAAAGAUGGGUACUGCGACAAAGCAUGCAACAACUCUGCCUGUGACUGGGAUGGAGGAGACUGCCUCGGUGCAGCGGGGAACAGUCGGUUUGCGGCUGGGGUCGGUGGAGGUGGGCCCGGUGGAGCUGGAGGACAGGUGUGGCAGUUUGCAGGUGGUCUAGGAGGUCUUGGAGGGACGUCGUACUGUAAUCAAGGCUGCGCCAACUCCUGGCUAGCGGACAAGUUCUGCGACCAAGCCUGCAAUGUACUCUCCUGUGGUUUUGAUGUAGGAGAUUGUGGCCAAGAGCACUUUGGUGAGCUGCACCGUGUGACCCUGCUAAGGAAUCAGACCCUGUACACCCUCCCGGUUGGUGAAAUCAGGCCGUAUUUCAGCUUCCACAGAUUGGCUCGCAGAGUCUCUGAGGCCCAUGUCAGCGACAACCCGGUGGUUCGCCACACCUCCGUUGCCAACAAGUGGAAGACAAUUCACCUGCUGCUCCAUCCUGGCCACAACAACACCCAGAUCCGAUACAAUCUCACUUUCCAGAAAGAAGACAACACGGAGUUCACAAUGAGCUUCAGUGUAGAUAUCGACACCCGCAUUGUACCUCAGACUAACGUGUCCCAGGCUGUAAGCAAAGACGCCGGCAAAGAGCCAAUGCCGACUCCGUCUCCAGAGCCGGUGUUCCCGUUCUCAGACAUUCCUGAGGACAAACUGGGUCCUAAGAUCCAGAAGAGGCAGCCUGGUGAACCCCAGGUUGUCAUAGAAGUUCCUGCACUGAAUGUGUCACUUCUACCAGCUGCUGUGCGCAGUGAGCUGCAAAGGCUGGAAGAGAAGCUCCUGAUUGGUGACAUUACCAUGAAGGGCUAUAACCUCACAAAAGCAGAACUUCUAAAACCUUACAAGACAAUGGGUCAAAAGCAGCAUGUCAUCGAGUCACAUCCAGCAGCCAAGGUCCAAGGGAAGCCGUAUAAAGACUUGGAGGGAGAGCAAUUGGAAGAAAAACCACCCACGAAAGAUAAAACUGGAAAUAUCAUUCGGAAAAGUCAAAACUCAAAAGAAGAAAUGUCCAAGAAAGAAGUGGCUGCGCAGGAACAACCUGUCACUCCUCUUAUCCCAGUCCAUAUUGAUGACAAGCAGAAGAAAAACUUUGUAAACAAACAUUUUAAUCUGAAUACCACGAUCGAGAGGCCAAUGUCUUCUAAACUGCUAAGCAGCAUUUCAAAAAAAAAGAUCCCCGAGAAUCAGGCAGAAACAGGCAAUGCUGCCAGAGGCGCUCCCGUGGGGAGGAGACUCCAACACUUCACAUCCUCAGACAGAGGCUUCCUCCCAUGGGAGAGGAAGAAAUACUUCCAGCAACUGCUUGAGGAAGAGGAGCGUCUGCAGAGACUAUUGUCGUACGAGACUGAUGGUGGCGCCACUGGCCGACGGCUGCAGGACACUUUUGCUGAUUCGCUGCGCUACGUCAACAAGCUGCUCAACGGCCAGUUUGGAUUCACGUCCCGCAAAGUCCCAGCACACAUGCCUCACAUGAUCGACCGUCUCAUCAUGCAGGAGCUGCAGGACACAUUCCCAGAGGAGUUUGACAAGACAUCAUUCCAUCGUGUUCGUCACCCAGAGGACAUGCAAUUCGCCUUUUCAUACUUCUACUUCCUGAUGAGUGCUCAGCAGCAGCUCAAUGUGUCCGAGGUGUUUGACGAGAUCGACACCGACCACUCAGGUGUCCUGUCCGACCGGGAGAUUCGAACUCUCGCCACAAGGAUCCACGAGCUGCCACUCAGCCUGCAGGACCUGACAGGCUUGGAGCAGAUGUUGAUAAACUGCUCUAAGACUCUCCCGACUAACCUGACUCAUCUCCACCUGAUGAACCCAACUCAGGAGGCCUACUAUGACCCCAGCAUGCCUCCUGUCACAAAAGGCCUCAUCCUCCACUGCAAGCCCAUCACAGAACGCAUCCACAAAGCCUUCAGAGAGCAAAAUAAGUACAAAUUUGAGAUCAUGGGGGAGGAGGAGAUCGCUUUCAAGAUGGUGCGGACAAAUGUGUCCCAUGUGGUCGGCCAGUUAGAUGACAUUAGGAAGAAUCCCAGGAAGUUCAUCUGUCUGAAUGAUAACAUUGACCACAAACACAAGGAUGCUGCCACAGUGAAAGCUGUGCUGAGAGACUUCUAUGAGUCCAUGUUCCCGCUUCCGUCCCAGUUUGAACUGCCCAGAGAAUAUCGCAACAGGUUCCUGCAUAUGGAAGAGCUCCAGGAAUGGCGAGUGUAUCGAGACAAGCUGAAGUUCUGGACGCACUGCGUCCUUGUGACGCUCGUCAUCUUCACCAUCAUGUCCUUCUUCGCAGAACAGCUGAUUCUGCUGAAGCGAAAACUGUUCCCCAGACGCCGAGUGAACAAGGACUGCAACCCUGAACGGGUGUGACAGAGGAAGACUCUCUUCUCCUUUUUGUAUCUCAGACCUACACCCUUUCUCUCCUGCUCAGUAGAGGGACAGGAGAGGAUUCAGACCGGUCCUCGAUGCUUGUGUUGUAUCAGCCCGGAUGGAGGAUAGAGACGCAUGAGAGAUGGUGAUGAAACAUUUUUCAGAAGAUGAUGGAUGGGGCUUGCCGGUGAAAGGAAUGGCAGCCGGAAAGAAGAAGCCUGUAAAUCAUCUUUUGCUCCACUGGUUGCAUCUGAGACUUUCAUACAACAAACACGCUUACACAAACACAAAACACUCCCUGUACUCUUUCCACCCUCCUCACAUCUUGCCCUCAACAUGUCAUUUGUGUGUGUGUGUGUGUGUGUGUGUGUGUGUGUGUGUGUGUGUUCACAUUCUACAAUGUUCACAAAAUGUUGUGCUUAAAGCUAAAACAGAUUAGGUUAAUAGAUUUGUCAAUGAACAGAAAACAACCUGCAACUAAUUUGAUUAUCAAUUAAUCAUUUGAGUCACUUUUCAGGACAAAAAAAAAGGUUUUGGGCUUUUGAUUUAAACAAAAAAAGAUAUCUGAAGACGUUACCUUGGGUACUGCGGAAUUGUGAUGGCAAUUUUUCACAAUGAAAAAUAGUUGGCAGAUGACAAAAAUAGGUACUUACAGCCACGGCUGUGUUUGGCUUUUAACUGCAAUGGCUUCAUUUAAAGAAAGGAGGACAUAUAGAAUGAAUAAAAUAAUGAUUUUAAGUGUUUGCUGCAUCUCUCUUUGUCUGUUGUCUAUAAAAUCAUAAACCUCAAGUGCCUUAGUUGUUCAUUCCUACUUGUUGGAACAUAUUUGUUUAUCUCCUGUUGGUUGUUUUUUUAUUUUUUUUUUAUUUUAAUAUCUUAAACAAUGUCUUAAAUGUUUGCCACGUCACGCCCUAAUAUAGUGAUUUACAAUGAGAAUGAAUGGGAUAUAGGAUAAUAUGAUUCUUGAUGUGGUACAAAUGUUGUUAUUGAUUGUUGGAGCUACACGUGAUACUACAGCUUUCAUAGCCACCUGUAUGUGUGUCCCUGUGGGACUCUACAGGCUCGCUACUGUCUGAAAUUCAGACCCCCUCACCAUGUUCUGUAACUUAUUUUGAUGUAUUAUGGUAACAUUUAGCACAGGGACUGAUGCAUCUGAUUUGAAUGCUGCAGAAUAUAAAAACGUUCUUUAUUAUGGCAAGAGUGGAAGUGACUAUUUGAAACUGGUAGCAUUUGGCCGCUGAUAGAAAAGUCUUGGUAUACAUUUUGAUGUUAGCAGGCGAUGUAUGCGAGAUGAUUAGUAACAUGUGGAAAUGGGAAUCCCUCAGAUUGCAUCAGUUCAGAGGCUACUCUGAGUGAAAUAAAAUGAUUUGGUUUAGUCA